GCAAAACAUCACCAUCACAUCUGUGGCCACAUAGGGACGGCCAAGUAUAAAACCAGCGGACUAAUCGCACGGUCCCCUCAUUCCGAUCUGUCAGUGUCGCGCGCACGCUUCAAACCCGUCAAGCCAUGUUGCGCCGGUUGGUUUGGCUGUUGUUCGGUGGUGUGCUACCAUACGUGCUCGCGCUUGCCGACCCACAUCCAUCAAUCGAUUUCGGCGUCAUCGUAAACGCACUACAAUCAGCGAACGUGACGCGCCAGCAGCCCACGGAGACGCCAUGUGACCGCGAGCUGCUGGCGCUGGUUGCCGGCGUGCAGGCGAAAGAGUUUUGGGCAGUGAAAUUGCUGGACUCGUGGGGCAAAUGGCCGGCCGGUAUCUUCGCGGGAAACCUGUACGAGCUGGGACACUACGAUGAAUGCAUCGACCUACGGCACGACUAUGGCGGAUCGCCUGCGAUGGACACUCUAAGGGGCCGCUACUGCUUCCUGACCGUACCGCUCGCUGGUCUGCUUCCUUCCAAACGUCCAACACCACCAACUCAGCGCAUCAUGCCAGGCACUUCAGGUGGCCCUUUGGCCGCCCACCUCGGCGUAUGCAUCCCAGCCGCCUGCUCCGCCGAACAGUUCCAGCAGUUUCUCACGCGCAUCGUACCUAACCUUCCACCGGUGCAGCUGACCUGCAACGAGAUAGCUCCGGCACUCGGACCCGCCCAGUGGGUUGCAAUUGGAGUCUUCGGCACAGUACUGCUGCUAGCGGCAGCAAGCACACUGUACGAAGCGGUGACACUUUGCCGGCGCCGUACGCCGCACCCCAAUCUGGCAAUGUUUUCCCUGUACCGAAAUGGCCGGAAGCUGCUAGCGACGAGCCGGCGCAACCCGACGGACACGACGGUCAAGUCCAGCACGAUCGACUGCAUCCACGGCAUACGCGUCAUCUCGAUGGUGUGGGUCGUGUUCAGCCACAACUACGUGCGCAUCGGCAUGCAGCCGCUCUACAAUUCGCACGUCAUCCUGUCGUGGCUCGAGUCGUACCAUAGCGUGCUGGUCGUAGCGUCCACUGUGUCGGUCGAUACUUUCUUCCUGCUGAGCGGGCUGCUCACCUGCUGGAGCAUACUGAACGCACUGGACCGGCACGGCCGGCUCAACCUGCCCGUCAUGUAUCUGCACCGCUAUCUGCGGCUAACGCCGGCGCUGGCCGCGAUCGUACUGUUCGCCGCCACCCUGAUGCGGCACGCCGGCUCUGGCCCGUUCUGGGACGGUGCGAUGAGCAUGUCGGAGGACCCGUGCCGCCGCUACUGGUGGUCGGCCCUGCUGUACGUGCAGAACUACGUCAACCCGCAGGAGGUGUGCCUCGGCCACACCUGGUACCUGUCGGUAGACAUGCAGCUGUACCUGGUGUCGCCCUUCAUCGUGUACCCGCUGUGGCGCUGGGGCCGCCGCGUCCUGGCCGCGAUCGUUGCCCUCACCGUCGCCUCCAUGGUGGCCGUGCUGGUGCUGUUCUUCGUGCACCAUCUGCGCCUGUCCUUUCUGGCGGUGGACGAGGAGCGGCUGCGGCACGUCUACACCUACUACCCGACGCAUACGCGCGCCGGCGCCUGGCUGGUGGGCGUCUGCUUCGGCUACGUGCUGCAGCGCACCCGCAAACACUACGUCCCGCUGCCCCGGUGGUCGGUCGGGCUCGGGUGGGCGCUGGCCGCCACCGCCAUGCUCGCCGUCCUGUUCGCCGACCACCCGAUCCAGCAGCCGGACUACGAGCGGCUGCCGCAGGCCGUCGACGCCAUCUACGAGUCGCUCAGCCGGGUGUGCUGGGCGACCGCCGUCGGGUGGGUGGUGUUCGCGUGCGUCAACGGGUACGGUGGUCCGGUCGAUCGGCUGCUCGGUGCCACCGUCUGGCAGCCGCUCGGGCGCCUCUCGUACGCGAUCUAUCUGCUCCACCUCCCAAUCCAGCUGAUGAUGGCGGGCACGGCCCGGCUACCGUACUACUUCACCGACCUGCUCGCCGUGUACCAGUUCUGGGGCGACAUCGGGUUCACGCUCACGCUUGCCCUGCUCUGGACGCUGCUGUUCGAGUCGCCGAUCAUUGGCCUGGAGCGGAUGCUGUUCGGGCGCCGCCGCGACCCAUCGAAACGCACGCCACAGGAGAAGGGGCCAGCUAGCGUGGAAAAUGGCAACGAGGCAAGGGUGAUACCGAAAUCUCUCUCACUAACGUUACAAACCGCUCGUCUGUAGUAUCGCCCGUUCCCGUUCCCAUACGCUCCUGUCAUCGCAACCAGUUUUGUAGUUUAAUCUCCCAUUUUCUCUCACUCUCUAUCUCUCCAAACUCUUUGUUGGGUACAAACUGCUUCAGAUUCAAAGAGCUGAAUGAGUCUUUGAGACGAUUCAAGGAAUUCGGUUCUCCGAUAAGCGAUUCCACGAGUCUAGAAGGUUUCAUUGCGUUGUGAGAGAGUUAUGAAUCUUCAACGAUACAAAAACUUCAGAAAAUUAAAACCCAUAGAUCCUUGAAGAAUCAAGAAUAGUUACAACCUCAUCUGGGAGAGUUAUCUUUAACAAUUAAUGAACUUCUAAAGGAUGUCAGAUUGUUGAUGAUUCUUCAAGCAUCUGAUCUUCAAGAACUUGUCUGAUGCAAUUGGCAUGCUGGGUUUUAUGAAUCUUUCGUUAAGAUUCAUUCAUGGGAUUCUUCAACGAUUCGUGAUUCGAAUCUCGAAUCGAAUCCCCUAAGAUUUAUGAAUCUCCAAGGAUUCACGAGUCUUCACAUGAUACAUUGGUAAACUCGCACUAACUUAACGCCAUGCUCGUCGUGGGUUCAAGCCUCUCAUGGACCGUUCCCCGUAGCAAAACAAGCUAUCCGGUUGCGUGUUACUUGCCAAGAAGUCUCAAAAGUCUGUAUAGGCUGGCAUGACCACGAAGGUUAUUACGCCAAGAAGAACAAUAAGAAGAAGUUCAAGCUCUAUGAAUCUUUAGAAAUAUUUGAGGCCCUUAAGAUUCAUAAAUCCCCCUGAGAUUCGUGAAUCUUUCGAGAUUCAUUAAUAAUUCUAAAUUCAUUAAUAUUUUCGAUAUUCUUGAAUUAUUGAGAUUCAUUAAUCAUUCUACCCUAGCUUCAAGCUCAUUGGAUCAUUUCAAAGAUUCAUUCCGAUUCAUUAAUUUGAAUCAAAUUUACCCAACACUAAUACUGACUAGAUUUCCUGUGACAUGUCGCUGAUGUCAUAGAGUUUAAAUAUCACGUAGCUUAAGACAAUCCUCAUCACACCAUUCUUAUCUAGUUUUUAGAUGGAUCGCUGGUUAGUUGACGUGGGGACGACUUGCGUCGCUUUAAGCCUCAGUUCGUCUACCGCUAAUUAUUAGAACACUUAGAACAACACCGUAUGUUUCGUUGGAUAUAAUAGAUAUUUGAAAAAAAAAAAACAAAAUAAAUCUUUAUUGUAAACAGUAA